UACCUCCAAUUCCAGCGCCAACAAUGACGACGUCGGCUCGUUUUGCCAUUUUCGAAAACCUGAUCAUCAAACGACGCAGGCUAUCGUGAAUCCGCUUUAUCACUGCAGCUUCUAAUAGUCCAUUGCGUAGCAGUAGCAAAAAAAUGAUUCGGGGGUCCCCAUGCCUGCCUCCGCUUCUCCGAGCGAUCUAGGGCAUGUUUGCAGCCACGUCCGCCCCUAAGUGCCACUGACUCCCACACUUCCGAAUGCCUGGUUUCCUAAUUUUAUUAGUGCUUCAGUGGAUUGAGCAAUGAUUCUCAGUCGCCACUAAUGGUGGCUCACUUCGAUCAGUUGCGUCCAAGGGACGAGCGACUGUUAAUCUCGCCACCGCAGAUGACGAACGUCCUCGUCGUCGGCUGCGGCCCGACUGGACUUGUUACGGCGGUUCUAUUCGCGAACCAAGGCGCUAGUUGCGCAAUUGUCGAGCGCCACGCUUCACAGUUUGGGGAGCCAAAGGCGCAUGUUAUCAAUGCGCGAUCGCUGGAAAUUUUGAGACAUGCCGGAAUCGACGUUGCAGCACUUACCCGCCAAGAGGUGUCGAGUGAGAGCGGAGACAAGGUAGGGUUUCUGACCAAUCUGACGAGAGAACAAUCGGCUGUCUGCUAUACGAACGACAAGAAGAAGCCGCCAAGGCCCUGGCACCGGAGCCACUAUUCAACCUCGCACAGCCAGAGCUUAAACGGUCGCUGGAAGAGGCGGCACUGGCUACCGGCAAAGUCACGAUCCAUCGGCGGCAGGAUUGGGUUGGCUAUGAGCUCGAUAACGACAUCGUUGUUUAAGGUGCUUGAACGAGAUCCUAGAAAGGAGACCAUUAUCGAAUUAACAUGCGUCAUCGGCGCAGAUGGCACGAACUCGGCCGUGAGAACUCAGAUCUCCGGCAUGACCUUUGACACCAUCGAUUCCACCAAGUCUCCGAUGAACUAUAUCUCUUUGCACUGUUCAGUCGAUAUAGAGUCGUUUAUGGAGCCGUUGGUUAACUUCACCGUGGAGAAGUACAAAAGCUGAUAUCAGCACCGCCAUUGGCCGCGAAUGGCCAACCGAUAUCUAGUCGGUUCAGGUCUGAACAACAUCUCCCAAGAUUGCGAGCUCCUACUCCAACGACAGGCACUGGGACUUCCUGGUCGGAGAUGCCGCUUACACGUUCCCUCCCAUGGGCGGACUCGGCAAGAACAUGGGAAUCGCUGACGCACACAAUCUCGUGGGGAAGCCCAAGUACGUUAGAGACGGCGCGAUCAAGUAUCCCGAGGCUUUCCUGAGCUCGUACACCUUGGAACGCAAGCCCCUAGUUCUGGCGAACGCAGUGCAGUCUGCCGUCAACGAAGUUCACAUGCGGGGACUCGGUGCAGAGGCGGAUGCUGAUUCGGAAAAAGCAAUGUCUAACGAUUCAGUGACGCCCACAGCGCUUAUUCAGACUCCUCGUGUACAAGAUAGAGUUGCACGGGCAAGUGAGUUGAACAGUAACCACUUUGACUCGCUGGGUCUCUCCAGCUGG